ACCCCCCUGUCAAGCUACAAUCUUCUACACUUAUAUUCUUGGCUCCCUAAUACUCGGAGCCUACUACUUUACGCGCGCAAUACCAGUCGUCGUCCUCCGAGUGUAUUGCGAUCAUGGUUGGAGGCAUUAGCAAGCGGCAGCAAUACCGCAAUGAGCGGGCACUGCAGGACCUCAUCCGGUCCGUUCCUGGAAACGACCGAUGCGCAGACUGUCAGGCUAUGAAUCCUGGCUGGGCUAGUUGGAACAUGGGAAUCUUUCUUUGUAUGCGAUGCGCGGCCAUACAUCGGAAGCUUGGCACGCAUAUUUCUAAAGUCAAGUCCCUGAGCAUGGACUCAUGGACGGAUGACCAAGUCGAUAACAUGAAAUCGCACGGCAACAACAUCAUGAAUAAAAUCUUCAAUCCGAAGAAUGUGAAACCACCGGUUCCGACCGAUGUCGACGAGGCUGACUCCUGCAUGGAGCGUUUCAUCCGCCAAAAAUACCAACAUCGGUCUCUGGACGAGAAUAAACAACAUAAGCCCCCUAGUCGUCAUGAUUCGGGUUAUGAUAGAUCUCCGGAAGGUUCGCCGCCUCCCUUGCCUCCGAAACCCGCCAGGCCGUUUGGCUUCGGCCUUCGUUCGGCCUCAUCUGCAACAAACCUCAACCGCAUCUCCAACCGCAGCGCCUUCUCUCCACAAUCGGACAGGUUCGAUUCGCCUUCGCCGGCAUUGGGCGUAAGAAAAACCUCGGGGGAUGCGUCGUUUGACUCGAAGUUGGCUACCCUGAGGGAUAUGGGCUUUACAAACGAACGCCGGAACGCCAUUGCUCUCCGUGAAUUGAAUGGGAACCUUGAUAAGACCAUCGAGACACUGGUGAGGCUAGGGGAGGGCAACGGAUCUGCGGUGCGACCGUCUGCGUCGGCUUCUACGCCUUCCGUGGACUCCUCGAAAUUCGGCAACCCCUUUGACCAAUUGGACUCGCGGCCAGCUGCCCAGCCUAGCAGCAACUUUAACCCCUUUGAUGCACAACCACCACAACAACCGCAGCAACAGCAGCAACAGCAACAACAGCAACAAUUCCCUCAGUCAGCCUCUAUGCAGCCUCUUGAGCAGUCGUUUCAAGGUUUGCAGGUCGCCCAACCUCUAUUCCCGCACUCCACAGGAGGCUAUCCGUACAGACAGUCCUCACUUCCUCAGCCUCUGUACCAGCAGGCGGCGGUUACGCCCCCUGCAACCUCGACAUUGAACCAGAGUGGUUAUGUCUCAUCCCCGCAGAUUUUGGAUGGUGGCAACAACCCGUUCUUCCAAACCGGAGCUCAGCCGCAGGCCAGCAUGACCGCUUCUGUUGCGAACCCUAACCUCAAUGUCGCUCCGAGCAACCCGUUCUUCGGACAGGUUUCAUCACAACCAACAUCUAUGCAGGCGCAAAACCAAGUGUCUUCCGGUCCCUUUGGCCCACCUCGGCAUGCGAACACAAUGCCUAUUAUGUCCGCAACCUCGCCUUUUGGCCAGCCGUCGCCGUUCCAGCAGCAGCCGCAGCAGCCGCAGCAGCCGCAGCAACAGCACACGCAGCCUCAACUACAAGUGCCGUCUAUGCAAGCCGGCCAGAACACCAUGAACCCAUACCAGAUGAUGAAUGCACCAGCUGCGCCUCAGAGUACGGGCUAUCCUGCUCCAUCGCAGUAUGGAUACCAGAUGCCGGCGCAGCAUCAGUAUGCACAGCCGACCGGCCGUGUUGACAAGAACAGCAUCCUUGCACUGUACAAUCUCUCUCCCCAGCCUCCUACUAUCCCCGAACACCCUCAAGCCCAGCCUCCUGCAGGCAUCAACCCAGCCCAGCAAGCACAGGGCUACCCCAUGAACCCACCCUCCAACUACGCCAACCCUCAACAACAACAACAACAACAACAACAACCUACCCUCCAGCAGCCCGCCACCGACCCCCAAAUUGCCGGAACCCGGAACCCUUUCUUCACCACCGCCCCAGCAGCAGGGGCACCUGCUGCAGCCUACCCAACUGCUACGCCCCAGGCUGUUUACCAGCCCACCGCAGGAUUCGGUAUGAGCAAUAGACCCGCUACGUCAACAGGCGGGUUCCCUCGUGGCCACAUGAGCCAGCAGAGCGUGGACAUCAAUGGCUUCCAGAGCGGCCGACACAGCCCCGACGCAUUCGCCAGCCUAAGCGCACGCUACGGGUAGAUAUUUCACAAGUCGAUGAUGUCUGGUCCUGCAAACUUCAGUUUCCAGCCUGUAUCUUCUUUUAGCGUAUAUAUUACUUUUUUUUUCUUCUUCUUCUAUU